AUGAAAUUCAACCAGACCACAGAGGCUGAAGGUAGUAACCCUCAGCUUGUGGUUCGCGGGCGGACGCCAGAAACUGAGCCUGCUGGAAAGGCGUCGAUCAACCGGGUCAGUUCGCCGUUGGUGAAUGUCGUGUCUGCACCACCUGUCAACGAGAGUCCCCCCAUGAGUAAUGGGGAAAACGAAACAAAAAACACAGUCCACAACAUCGAGGAAUUGGAGCAAGAAUCUCAGCGCCCUCUUCCGAAGGAGACCGGCGAUGGCACUUACGUCGAGGAAGAGACGAGCAAAAGCACUUUGUGGCAGGACCUUCGACGACUGGGCAUUCAGGAUGUCAACACGUUGGCUUCAAUGAUAAAGACUGAAGCCACGGGACAGUAUAUUGACGAUAAAACCAUGCUCAUGGAGCACAUCAUGCAGCUCGUCAGCAAAUUCCCUGAUGGCUCCAAAACCCGUGAGACGUUGACCAACCUGUUUCUCAACGAGCUCUGGACCUCGUUGCCACAUCCGCCUCUCUCAUAUGUCGGCGACAAGUAUGCCUAUCGCAGUGCAGAUGGGUCCUAUAACAAUCCAACGUUGCCGUUGUUAGGCGCGGCCAACACAGAAUAUGCCCGAUCCAUUGCACCACGCACCGUCCGGCCCAACAGCCUCCCGGAUCCCGGUCUGGUGUUUGACAGUGUGUUCGCUCGAGAUCAAUUCCAUCCCCAUCCCAACAGAGUGUCCAGCAUGUUCUUCGUAUGGGCGUCCUUGGUCAUCCAUGAUAUCUUCCAAACCGGCCACCCAGACUUGAACAUGAACAAGACGUCCUCCUACCUGGACCUCUCGAUCCUGUACGGCGAUACACAAGAAGAUCAGGAUCAGAUCCGGACAUUCAAGGACGGAAAGUUGAAGCCUGAUAGUUUCUCCGAGCCACGGCUUCAAGCUCUACCCCCCGCGUCCUGCGUGAUCCUAGUCAUGCUCAACCGGUACCACAACCACGUCGUAGAACAGCUAGCCAUCAUCAACGAGGGUGGUCGAUUCACCAAGCCCCAGACCUCCAAAAUGGACCCCGAACAGGCCAGGAAGGCAUGGCUGAAAUACGAUAACGACCUAUUCCAGACGGGACGACUUAUCACCUGCAGCCUCUAUAUCAACAUCACGCUGUACGACUACCUACGCACUAUUGUCAAUCUGAACCGCACAAACAGCACCUGGUGUCUGGACCCUCGAGCCCAAUCUGAGGGCCAGAAACCCAUCCCGUCUGGACUGGGCAACCAAUGCUCCGUGGAAUUUAAUCUGGCCUAUCGCUGGCACUCGACCAUCAGUAACAAGGACGAGAAAUGGGCCGAAAAGGUCUACAAGGAGAUCGUCGGAAAAGACGGCGAGGAGGCCAGCGUGUCCGACCUCCUUCUAUCAAUGAAGAAGUUUGCCGGAAACCUCGGGCACGACCCCGCGCAGCGCACAUUCGCGGGCCUCCAGCGCCAGGCGGAUGGCAUGUAUAGAGAUGAGGAUCUCGUGCAGAUCUUGACCAGCGCCACCGAAGAGGUCGCCGGCUCGUUCGGCGCCCGAAACGUGCCCAAGGUCCUCCGGUCGAUCGAGAUGAUGGGCAUAGAGCAGGCACGCAAGUGGAACGUGGGUUCGUUGAACGAAUUCCGCAAGUUCUUCAAAUUGAAGCCCUACCAGACUUUCGAGGAGAUCAACUCGGACCCUGACGUCGCGGAUGCACUCCGCCAUCUCUACGAUCACCCGGACAAUGUCGAACUGUACCCCGGGAUCGUGGCCGAAGAGGCGAAGGAGCCAAUGGUCCCGGGAGUGGGAAUCGCCCCGACGUAUACAAUCUCGCGUGCUGUACUAUCGGACGCUGUGGCCUUGGUCCGUGGAGAUCGGUUCUACACCGUGGACUACAACUCCAAGAACCUCACAAACUGGGGCUUCGCCGAGUCCCAGUUCGAUCUAGGAAUUAACCAGGGCUGCGUCUUCUACAAGCUCGCCAUGCGCGCCCUACCCAACUGGUACAAGCCCGACUCAAUCUACGCACAUUACCCCAUGACGAUUCCUCCCGAGAACAAAGUCAUCAUGAGAACGCUGGGCCGCGAGAACGACUAUUCCUGGGACCGCCCGGCCUAUAUGCCGCCCGGCAUCAACGUCUGCGCAUACCCCAAUGUGUGGGGCAUCCUGAACGAUCCCACAUGUUUCCGUGUCACCUGGGGAGACGCAAUGGGAAGUAUCUUUGGCAAGCCGGGCCUCGACUUCAUGCAGUCAGGCGACAGCCGCAUCCACUCCAACCAGCGCGUUACCAUGGCCAGCGCACUGUACCGGGAGCACUGGCAAGAGCAGAUCAAGUCCUUCUACCUCAGCAUCACCGGGCAGCUGCUGAAGGAGAGGUCCUACAAACUGGGCAAGGUGCAUCAAGUCGACCUCACCCGAGACGUCGGAAACAUCGCCCACGUCCACUUCGCCGCGGACAUCUUCUCCCUGCCGCUCAAGACCGAGAAGAACCCGCGCGGCAUCUUCACCGAGCACGAGCUGUACGAGAUGCUCUCAACAAUCUUCACCUACAUCUUCUUCGACGACGACGCCCCCCGAUCCUUCCAGCUUCGACGCGACGCCCGUGCCGCAGCCCAGAAGCUGGGAACAGUCGUCGAAGCCACCGUCAAGAGUACCGGCGGCUCCGGCUUCAUCUCCUCGCUGGUCGACAGCUUCCGGUCCCCCGGCAACGCCGCGCUCAAGGACUACGGCGUGCACAUGGUGCGCCGCCUGCUCGACAGCGGCCUCGACGCCGCGGAGGCGACCUGGUCGCAGAUCCUGCCCACCGCCGUCGUCAUGGUCGCCAACCAGGCCCAAGCCUUCACCCAGAUCAUGGACUACUACCUCUCGCCGGCCGGCGCCCAGCACCUCCCGCUUAUCCAGCGCCUGGCGCAGUACGACUCGCCCGAAGCGGAUGAGAAGCUCCUCCGCUACUGCAUGGAGGGGAUGCGACUGAACGGGACGUUUAACCUCGCCCGUGAGAGUCUCACCAACGCCGUCCUGGAGGAACGCGGUCGGAGAGUCCACCUCACGCCCGGUAGUAAGAUCCUGCUUAAUAUCGUCGAAGCUAGCCGCGAUCCAGACGUCUUCCCGGAUCCGGAUGAAGUGCGUCUCGACCGGCCCAUGAGCGCUUACCUCCACUACGGAGAGGGUCCGCACAUGUGUCUCGGCCGCGAGGCAAGCAAGAUUGCGCUGACGGCCAUGAUGCGCGUCGUUGGACGUCUGCCUAAUCUGCGGCGCGCGCCGGGACCCCAGGGCGAGCUGAAAAUGGUCCCGGGUCCAAACGGGUGUUACAGUUAUCUGGAUGAGGAUGAGACAAGACUUAUGCCUUUGCCGACUACUUUCAAAGUUCAUUUCGAUGGACCGGUUUAG